UUUUGUAAAAACGCCAAACGAAAUACACAAAAUUGUUAACACUUCGUUUCAUUUCUGUCAAAGUGAAAAACGUAAAAGCCGACUAAUAAAAUUAAACAUUAAACCAAAGAGCGUUUUUAUAAAAUCAAGCAUUUAUUACAUUGAAAAUAAAAUAAAUUUGCAAUACCACAAAAUCUGAAAAAUGGUGCUAAAGGACUACAUAAAAAAUAUUCUUCUUUUUUUAAUGGGCGCCCUAAUGAACGAUUGCGUUCUUAGUAGCAGUCAUUAUAUGAAAAGGGAGCAUUCCCUAGUCAGACCUUUCCAAGGUGUUGGUGUCAAUAUGCCGUAUUGGGAUUUCAUGGGUCAUACAGUUAUUACUAGCAACUACAUAAGACUGACACCAGAUCAGCAAUCAAAAAGUGGAGCUAUUUGGAAUUUUCCGCCAUGCAUGACUGUGAAUUGGGAAAUUCAUGUGACUUUUAAAGUUCACGGCAAAGGUACAGAGCUAUUUGGUGACGGUUUUGCCAUAUGGUACGCCAAGGAACGUAUGCAACCCGGGCCAGUUUUCGGUAGUAAAGACCAUUUUUCUGGUCUAGUAGUUAUAUUAGACACUUAUAGUAAUCACAAUGGACCUCAUAAUCACCAGCAUCCAUAUUUAAGUGCGAUGGUUAACAACUCGACUUGGAGUUACGAUCACGACCGUGAUGGAACACAUACCCAAUUAGCCGGUUGCGAAGUACGCUUUCGUAAUUACAACUUUGACACGCACAUCAGUAUACGCUACGAAAAUAACAUUUUAUCUGUGUCGACCGAUAUGGAGAACCGUGGCGAAUGGAAAAACUGUUUUGUCGUUAACAAUGUGGAAUUACCUACGGGCUAUUUCUUUGGUCUCUCGGCCACUACCGGUGAUUUAUCGGACAAUCAUGAUAUAUUUAGUUUUAAAUUUUAUGAUCUAGAUUCAAAUGUGACGCCCGAGAUAAUAAUGGCUCGCGCAAAUAUUAUACCCAACGCUAAAACAUUUGAACCGCCUCGAGAACAUAAGGAUGAUCCGAAGCCAAGCAUGUCGAAUGCGAAAAUUUUCUUCAUUCUAUUGUUUGGCAUGUUGAUAGCGGUUGGAGUCGCCAUUUUUGCAAUUUCCUACUUCAAGGAAAAAAAUUCACGUAAACGUUUCUACUAGUUUAGCUCGUAUAACUCCAAUGUAGAGAGAUAAAGACAUGACUUUUCUUUUCUUAGAAAAACAGUGUAAACUAGUUGUAUUUUUUGAAUAUUUUCCAUUUUGUAAUUUGCACCAUAACUGAAAGAGACACAUACAAUUUCCGGUUCUUAAUCGUAUAUUGUUUUUUAAUAUUUUCUCUUCCCUUCUGGAGUAUUGUGUAUUUUUAGUCAUUGUUUUAUUCAACUUUUUAUAUAUUGCACAUAAUAAAUUUUAUCAGGGAAAAAAUG